GCCGCGGCCGUCAAGGCGCACCACCACCACCCGCAUUCGCACCACCUGCCGCAGCAGCAGCAGCUGGACAUCGAGCCGGACAGGCCCAUCGGAUACGGAGCUUUCGGAGUGGUCUGGUCAGUUACAGACCCCAGAGAUGGAAAGCGGGUUGCCCUUAAAAAGAUGCCCAAUGUCUUCCAGAACCUCGUCUCCUGCAAGAGGGUCUUCCGUGAGCUGAAGAUGCUCUGUUUUUUCAAGCACGACAACGUCCUCUCUGCUCUUGACAUUCUGCAGCCUCCACACAUUGACUACUUUGAAGAAAUCUACGUGGUAACCGAGCUGAUGCAGAGUGACCUCCACAAGAUCAUCGUGUCCCCCCAGCCGCUCAGCUCUGACCACGUGAAGGUCUUUCUGUAUCAGAUACUGAGAGGCCUGAAGUAUCUUCACUCAGCUGGCAUUUUGCAUAGAGACAUAAAACCAGGAAACCUACUUGUAAACAGCAACUGUGUCCUCAAGAUCUGCGACUUUGGCCUGGCGCGAGUGGAGGAGCCCGACGAAUCUCGGCACAUGACGCAAGAAGUGGUAACUCAGUAUUACCGCGCGCCAGAGAUCCUCAUGGGCAGCAGGCACUACUCCAACGCCAUCGACAUCUGGUCUGUGGGCUGCAUCUUCGCCGAGCUGCUGGGGCGCAGGAUCCUGUUCCAGGCGCAGAGCCCCAUUCAGCAGUUGGAUCUGAUCACAGACCUGCUUGGAACGCCAUCUCUGGAAGCCAUGAGAACUGCGUGUGAAGGGGCCAAGGCUCAUAUCCUCAGGGGACCCCAUAAACAGCCAUCUCUUCCUGUCCUGUACACUCUGUCAAGCCAGGCCACGCAUGAAGCCGUUCACCUCCUGUGCAGGAUGCUGGUCUUUGAUCCGUCGAAGCGCAUCUCGGCGAAGGACGCUCUGGCUCACCCCUACCUGGACGAGGGCCGGCUGCGCUACCACACCUGCAUGUGCAAGUGCUGCUACACCACCUCCUCCGGUCGCGUCUACACCAGCGACUUCGAGCCCGUCACCAACCCCAAGUUCGACGACGGCUUCGAGAAGAACCUCUCCUCUGUGCGGCAGGUCAAAGAGAUCAUUCACCAGUUCAUACUGGAGCAGCAGAAAGGGAACCGCGUGCCACUCUGCAUCAACCCACAGUCUGCUGCUUUUAAAAGCUUUAUCAGUUCCACAGUGGCCCAGCCCUCCGAGAUGCCCCCGUCUCCGCUGGUGUGGGAGUAACUGUGGAAGGACGCCUGACUACUGAAGAGUCAUCAUUACAACGUAGCAUUUCACUGGAGUCUAGGACUAGAGAUUUUGGAUUGUUUUUAUCAUGUGUGUACUGUAAUUUUACUAAUGAAGUUUUAAAAGAUCAACCACUGCUGAUUGGGAUGAGGGGGCUCAGCGAACGUUGCUGUGUUUUGUGUACAGAUAAAGGUAAAUUUAGUCUGUAUACACACACUCAUAUGCUGGGGCACACAGUGAUGUUUAAAUAGUGUGGCAUCCAUUGUCGAGGUCUUGAGUGCAUUUUUGGAGCCGUUUAGAAAUCAUUUUAAAACCACUUAUAACGCAAUGGAAAUCUUAAAAAUAACACUGUAAUGACCCUGAGAUUAGGUCAUUCAGUUUCUUCUGCUUGUGAAAGCAGUGAAUAGCAGUACUCCACACUUCCCUGGUUUUUAUUGGGGGGACAGGAGUGAAAAACAAUUACUGUUGUCUCAAUAGUCUACAGCGUGAAGGUAGAGAAGUUUUUAUUUACAGCUACACAGUAAUUCUAAGAAAUAAUAAUCAGUGCCAAUAUGCACAUUUUAGCCUCCGUAAUCGGAAUGCAAAAAGAGCUGUACAGUAAACGCUUUCAGAAUGCAUUCAGGUCUCCCGGGUGCAUCAGUAUUUUGGGGUGUCACUGUGUCCGACAGGUUUGAAGAGGGUGGUUGUUCCAAUAGUAUUGUUUUGCCUAAUUAAAGGAAGUAAGUUUUUAACAACUGCUGCACAUAAUGUUUGUGCCAGUUGCCAGCUUUUAAUGUUGUGGCUCAGAUCU